AUGGAAAUCGACGGUGACAUUAUUCAUGAUGUCAAAUCCAGCCAAACAGCAUCAACUUCUACAGCGAUGGUAGUUCCAAUGUAUCAUAAGAGCUCUGUUCACAGCCGCCUUCUGCUUACUCAACUUGCCGAACUUCGCGACGAUUCUCGCUUAUGUGAUGUGGCUCUCGUCGUUAAGGGAACACGAAUUAAUGCUCAUCGGCUUGUACUUACGGCAUGUUCAAAUUAUUUCAAGGCUAUGUUUACUAACGAAAUGGCUGAAAGCAGAUUGCAAGAAAUAGAAAUGGUGGAUAUGGAAGCCUCGACACUUGACGCUUUAGUCAAUUUUUGCUAUUCCGGUGAAAUAAAAAUAAGUGAUGUAAAUGUGCAAAGCAUUCUUCCCGCUGCUUGCCUGCUUCAGUUGAAUGAAGUUCAGGAAGUAUGUUGUGAGUUUUUGAAAAAGCAACUGGAUCCGUCGAAUUGCCUGGGAAUACGAGCGUUCGCCGAUACUCAUGCAUGUCGAGAGCUUCUCCGCAGUGCCGACAAAUAUACCUUACAUAACUUUCAGGAUGUUGUUGGUACUGAGGAGUUUCAUUUGCUUCCCGUCAACCAGCUAAUUGAUCUGAUUUCAAGUGAAGAACUCCAUGUGCGAUCGGAAGAGCAGGUUUUUGCAGCAGUAGUUCAGUGGGUUAGGUUUGAUCUGCCAGCUCGGAAACAAUAUCUAUCAAAAUUGUUGGAGCAUGUGCGACUUCCACUUUGUCACCCGAAAUUUCUCGUCAGCACUGUCAGUGAGGACGCCCUAGUAAAAGCUGAUGCCGCAUGCCGAGAUUUGGUCGAUGAAGCUAAGAAUUACUUACUUUUGCCGCUCGAGCGACCAAAUAUGCAGGGACCGCGUACCCGACCGCGCAAACCGAUCAAGUUCGGUGAAGUUCUAUACGCUGUAGGAGGAUGGUGCAGUGGGGAUGCUAUUGCUUCUGUGGAACGCCUUGAUCCCGGCAAAGCAAUCCCUGUCUGGCAGUGUGUUGCUCCCAUGAGUAAGAGAAGAUGUGGCGUUGGCGUUGCUGUUGUCGAUAAUCUGCUCUACGCUGUUGGUGGUCACGACGGGCAAACGUACUUGAAUAGCAUCGAGAGAUUUGAUCCUGCCACUAAUCAGUGGUCAUGUGAUGUUGCACCAACCUCGACAUGCAGGACGUCAGUUGGUGUGGCUGUGCUUGAUGGUUUUCUUUAUGCCGUGGGUGGCCAAGAUGGUAUCAAUUGCCUGGACGUGGUUGAACGCUAUGACGCUCGUCGGAAUGAGUGGACUUGUGUUGCACCCAUGGGUACACGUCGGCUUGGGGUUUCAGUCUCUGUGCUUAAUGGCUGUUUGUACGCCGUUGGCGGAUCUGAUGGACAAUCACCUCUGAACACUGUUGAGAGGUUGGACCCUCGGGUUGGUAAAUGGGAGGUGGUUCGUCCGAUGUCCACACGACGGAAACAUUUGGGAUCUGCUGUGUUCGAUGGCCACUUGUAUGCUGUAGGAGGUCGAGAUGACUCAUGCGAACUAAGUUCGGCUGAGAAGUACAACCCUCUUACCAACGAAUGGACUGCGGUGGUCGCUAUGAACAAUAGGCGAUCUGGUGUGGGCUUAGCUGUUGUCAACGAGAGGUUGUACGCUGUUGGAGGUUUCGAUGGGACUACUUACUUGAAGACGGCUGAAGUUUUUGAUCCUGAGGCGAAUCAGUGGAGGCAUCAUGGUUGCAUGAAUUACCGACGGCUUGGAGGAGGUGUCGGUGUUAUACGCAUGCCCUAUCAGUUCCAACAACAGCAAUCCGGAUUUGAUCCCGGGACAGCAACAUCAUAUUCGCGCUCCCACUUCCCAGCUGAUCUCGGAUGA